GGUCCUGUUUCAAUCACUGGCGUCAGGCAGGCGCACGUCAUGAACUCAAACUCUUUCACCUUCUGUUUAUCGCCGUAAAUAUUGAUUGGUAUUUGAACAACAUAACUACAACCACUUUUUGAGAGUUUUAAUUUGGCAUCAACCUCAUAGAACCGGACGGUUGUAGAGUGUCAUUCACAUGUGACUUUGGGAAGGUGUCUCUGUUGGAUUUGUAGGCUAGUAUUUUUUUCUCUCACUCAGGGUAAGUAAUGAAAGGAAGGCUAAAUAUCUUUUUAGGGAUUGGUUGAGUAACACAUCGGGGUUCCCUUCAUGUGGGACAUUAUUUCAUGGUUUGGAAUGGUUUGAUAUUUUGAUACAUUGUUACUUUCUUUCCGGGCUCAACAUUUUGGAUUUUCUCUCUGAAUGCGUUGCAAAUAUGACGAUGUCAUCGACUCCACAUUUUGCUCAAGUUAUGGCGGAGCUGAAGUUUUCUAGCUUGUGUUGAGCACUGAGAGCACUAGUGUUUGCUGAUGGAGCACCUCCAGGGAGCGUGGAAGACCCUGAGCAACGGCUUUGGGAUGAAGGACUCUGUGUUUGAGGGCCCCUGCCUCUCCCCGACCAUGGUGCAGGGCCUCCCCUCCCAGCGCCGCUCCUCCGACGACAGCAAGAUCCCCGACUCCAAGACCAGCAGCACCAUCCGCGUCUACCUCCCCAACCAGCAGCGCACGGUGGUGAACGUGAGGCCAGGUAUGACCCUGCACAGCUGCCUGAUCAAAGCGCUGAAGGUGCGGGGCCUGCAACCGGAGUGCUGUGCUGUCUUCAGACUGUACCCAGGACAGAGGAGUAAAAAGUCACGUAUGGAUUGGAAUACCGACUCGACCUCACUAAUUGGGGAAGAACUGCUGGUGGAAGUUUUAGAUCAUGUCCCCUUGACGACGCACAACUUUGUUCGGAAAACAUUUCUGAAGUUGGCCUUCUGCGAUAUAUGCCAGAAGUUCCUUUUGAACGGUUUCCGUUGCCAAACAUGCGGCUACAAAUUCCAUGAGCAUUGCAGCACCAAAGUGCCCACGAUGUGUGUGGAUUGGAGCAACAUCAGACAGCUCCUGUUGUUCCCUACACCAGGUGAAAGUGGGGGUCCAUCUCUUCCUCCUCUUACUUCUCGGCGAAUGAGAGAAUCGCUGUCCCGACUCCCCAGCAGCUCUCUGCACCGCUGCUCCACCCCUCACGCCUUCAACUACACUGCCCCCUACCCACCCACAGGGGGUGCUCUGUCCCAGAGGCAACGCUCCACCUCCACGCCCAACGUCCACAUGGUCAGCACCACCAUGCCAGUCGACAGCAGCAUGAUCGAGCUAGAUUAUCUGAAUACCUCCCCUAGCUCCUGGUGCAGGCGCUUCUGGCUGAAGAGGAGAGUAGGUAUUGUUCGCUUCUCCAACUCUUUUGUUGAAGCGACGUCAGAGAGCCCAGACAAGGAGGCAAUGCGUAAUCAUGAAGCAAUGCGUAAUCAUGACUCAGGCGGGAGUUCCCCCAGCCAGAGUCCCACAGGCUGGUCCCAUCCCCAGUCUAACACCCCAGCGCCAGACAGACGAGAGAGGGCUCCUUCAUUCAACACUCAGGAGAAACACAAAAUACGUCCGAGGGACAAGCGGGACUCCAGUUACUACUGGGAGAUCGAGGCCAGUGAAGUGGUGCUGCACUCCCGUAUCGGCUCAGGCUCCUUCGGAACGGUAUACAAAGGGAAAUGGCACGGUGACGUAGCGGUGAAGAUCCUAAAGGUGAUUGACCCCACGCCAGAGCAGUUCCAGGCCUUCAGAAACGAGGUGGCUGUCCUUAGGAAAACGCGACACGUCAACAUCCUGUUGUUCAUGGGCUACAUGACGAAGGACAACCUGGCCAUUGUGACCCAGUGGUGUGAUGGCAGCAGCCUCUACAAACACCUUCACGUCCAGGAGACCAACUUCCAGAUGUUCCAGCUCAUAGACAUCGCCAGGCAGACAGCUCAGGGCAUGGACUAUUUGCACGCCAAAAACAUAAUCCACCGGGACAUGAAGUCAAACAAUAUCUUCCUACAUGAGGGCCUGACGGUGAAGAUAGGAGACUUUGGUCUGGCCACGGUCAAGGCCAGGUGGACUGGUUCUCACCAGGUGGAGCAACCCUCAGGGUCCAUACUGUGGAUGGCUCCUGAGGUUAUCCGUAUGCAGGACAACAUGCCCUAUAGUUUCCAGUCAGACGUGUACUCCUACGGUGUUGUCCUCCAUGAGCUGAUGACGGGAGAGCUGCCAUACUCACAGAUAGCCAACAGAGACCAGAUCAUCUUCAUGGUGGGCCGGGGGUACCUGUCGCCAGACCUCAGUAAGCUUUAUAAGAGCUGUCCUAAAGCCAUGAAGAGGCUGGUGGCCGACUGCAUCAAGAAGAUCAAGGACGAGAGGCCACUGUUCCCCCAGAUCCUGUCGUCCAUUGAGCUGCUCCAGCACUCCCUGCCUAAGAUCAACCGCAGUGCCUCAGAACCCUCCCUGCACAGAGCCUCCCACACCGAGGACAUUAACGCCUUCACUUCCACCUAUACCAGACUGCCUGUAUUCUAGAACUACAAUACCCAACCUGUCCCUCCUACCUGUUCCUGUUCCAAAACAUACACACGUGUGUGCAUGCGCACACACACACACCCACCAAAUAUCUAUGGCAUAGAAAAAGAGGAGGGACUGGCGGUAAAAUAAUCCUCUGAAAGUGACAGUGGAUGGGGAUCAAAAUGGGAUUUCAGUCACUGACUGAGUUUUUCCAGUGAAUGUUUUGGUAUGGAGAGGAGAAAAAUAUUGACUAUCCAUUGGGUUGGAGAAGAUGAUUCACGGUGAAGGAAAUUCAUGCACAUUAUAGGGUUAAUCAGAGGCCUACUGUAAUUUUCCCCAUGGCUAAAAUGAGUGCAAUGGAGAGAGUGGCAAUGUAGUUAGUGGAAGGUGUAAAUAUGUGAAAGAAAGCACACCUACCUGGGGACAGAGAGGCGGAGACAUUGAAGGAAAUGCCUGAGAGAAAAAUAAGAGUCUCUCUAUCUCUGAGCUGUGAAGCACACCUUUCUGUCUGACUGCCCUGGUUUCUUAUGAAGAAGAUCUUCUCUAAGCUGACCUGCCUGAAGAGGAAAUGAAGCCUAGACCAAGAUACCCUGCACAACCUCACCUUCUAGGAUGAUUCUUAUCAAAAACAGUGUGAUGCAUCUAUCGGUUUCGCAGGGGUAUUUGAUUGUACAUAGUCUUAAAUCAGAGAUAUUAAAUUAUUAUCAGUCUUCAUCUUCAUGCUUUUAUACUUUUUUUCCUUAAUUCUGGAAAAAAUGAUAGCUUGUCAGACACUCAAGCAUGACUGAUUGAGGAAGAAAAAAGCAUUUUUUAAUUUGGACAUUUUAAUAAAAGCGAUGGCUAUGUUUCUAGGGUCCAUGUGAUUGGUUCGUGGCUUUGCGGAGUGUUCUGAUCAGUAGUAACCCACACAUUUUAAUCAGCCUUCUCUUUGGGUAAACCUUCAGGAGCUGGAUAUUGGGCAAUUGUCUUUAAUAAUUUGCAUUUUGUCUGCCAUGUCUCUUUCAGGAGGUUAAACAUUUUAUUGUAAAUGUGGUGAGAAUGUUGUUAAUUUGAUGUUAUUUUAAUUAAAUUAAGUUAAACGUAA